AUGAAGAAUCUCCAGGUACAGGAGCGAAAACGGCCGCGACCCGCGCAUCAGCUGCUUGGAAAAAGCCACACCACAGUGUCAAGGUCAGCUUGGAGUAACAUGGGGGCUAAAUAUGCAAGACCUGCAGUUGUCAUCCUUUUCAAGUUGAAAACAAGUGCAAUGUCACAGUCACAAACCAUCAGUCCAGUUCCUGCCGCUGGUGAUGGUGGCUGUAGCCCGCUGAGCAUACAACAUGAGCAAAUUCAAGUCGAGAGCGUGGAACAUUAA